CAAAAAAGAUGAUUCACAGAUACUUUAAUCUUUUUUCAGGGAUUUUAACACAGUACGUCGGAGUACAGGUAGUGAGAAACCAUAUAUAUAUGUAUAUUAAACACGAGUAUAGUGCACUGUUCUUUCACGACCAGCUGGCAUUUGCCUAAACAGCGCUGCAGCAAAAGACAGUUUGAGCUCUCUCCUACUCUUAUUCGCUUGCAGCACGGAAUAAACAAACCCUCUCUGUCGAGCAGUUUUUGACAAGUGCGCUCUGUAUAUUUUCAUUUGAACGUCAAUCCUGAAAAGAAAAGUCAUCGAGCAUCUGAACUGAUAAACUAAUCGGGCCCGUUGUAAAAAAGAAAAUUUAUUAAUCGACAUCUUGCGCACAGGUGACUGUACAUAGAAAACAAGUUGAAAAAUGGGUAGCACUGACAAGGCCGUCAUCACAGGCUUCAUAUGCAGACUGUGCAGUAAAAUGAAUCGUUUUGUGAUACAUAUUUACGGUGAGGAAGGCUCGCGGAUGAAAUUGGCUGAAAAAAUCAACACCUAUUUGCCAAUAACUGUAAAUGCUUACGAUCAGCUGCCAAAGACUGCUUGCCUGCAUUGUAUUGAACGAUUAGAAGCUCAUCAUGAGCUUAUGGAACAAUUUUCUUUUGCUCGGCGGAAACUUAGUUCUAAUGAUAGGCAAACAUCUAUAUCAGCUACAUCAACAACAUCCUCAAAUAUUGAUACAACAGCUGCAACCAAUAGUCCACCUCCUUGUUGACACAUACAAAGCAAAAAAUUAUGCUUAAGUCUACUUGAAUAAAGUAAAAUUUUUAGUACGUAACAAAUAUUUUUUUCAUAAACUUCAAGUUUUGUUGUUGUUUGAGAGUUGAAAAUUGAGGAAUUUUAGAUAGAUAAGUGAAUUUUUAGCUUAAUCGAUGAAUAUUUUGAAAAAUUUUCAUGGUUUCUUAAAAGCAAAGAAAAAUAUCAACAUAAAAAAUGAAAUU